AUGGGAUUUCAAAAUUUCACAACUACUUUGCUCAUUCUGUUAACCUUCUCAAGCUUCAAUGGCGGCACCGUCAUCAAAUUCGUCUCCGGCCAGCCGCCUGACAAACGGCUCCUCCUCGAGCUGAAAGGCAACCUCAGCUACGACGCCUCCCUGUCGACCAAGCUGGUGCAUUGGACCGAAUCCACCAACCACUGCCAAUGGGCCGGCGUAGAAUGCGACUCUCGGAAUCGCGUUUCCGGCCUCGAUCUGAGCGGCGAAGCAAUUUCCGGCGGGAUAAACAGCUCCGGCAGCAGCCUCUUCGAGCUCGCGCACCUCGAAACCCUAAAUUUGGCCCAAAACAGCUUUUAUCCGGCGGAGUUGCCGCUGGGGUUCGGGAGGCUCGCGAAUUUGAGGCGUCUGAAUCUGAGCAAUUCGGGCUUCGCAGGCCGGGUCCCGCCGGAUUUCUCGGGCUUGACGAGGUUAGUCGUCUUGGACCUCUCCUCUGCAAUUUACUCGUCGAUUGAGCUUGACGGCCGUAGUUUGGAAAAUUUGAUUCGAAAUUUCACGAGGUUGAGAGAGCUUUACCUCGACGGGGUAAAUAUUUCUGCUCAAGGGCGUGUUUGGUGCAGUGCAAUUUCGUCUUCCUUGCCGAAUUUAAGGGUUCUGAGCUUGGCCAAUUCUUACCUCACGGGCCCUUUCGAUUCGUCUUUGGUUAAGCUUAGGUUUUUAUCUGUCAUUCGUCUUGAUGGCAACACAUUUUCUUGCCCUUUCCCUGAUUUUUUUGCAGAAUUUUCGAAUUUGAGGGUCUUAACUUUGAGCUCUUGUGACUUGUUUGGCGUUGUUCCCGAUAGAUUGUUUCGAAUUAUGAGUUUGCAGACGGUCGAUUUGAGUGGAAAUCGAGAGCUUGAAGGCUCUUUACCUGAUUUUCCUGUGAAUGGGUCUCUUCAGAAUUUGCUGCUCAGUUACACAAACUUUUCAGGCAAUUUGUCUGAAUCUGUAGGGAAUCUUCGAAUGUUGUCAAAUCUUGAUCUUAGAGCUUGCAGGUUUUCCGGAUCAAUUCCAAGUUCGAUAACAAAUCUUUCUCGGCUUACUUAUUUGGACCUCUCUUUAAAUCAAUUUUCCGGUUCUGUUCCUUCAUUUGCUCUGUUGAAGAAUCUCACGGUGAUAAAUCUUCGUGGCAACCGUUUAACAGGUCGAAUAUCUAGCUCCCUUUGGGAAGGCCUUGAAAGUCUAAAUUUUCUCGAUUUGAGUGAGAAUUUACUCGAUGGAGAAAUCCCAACAUCUCCAUUUUCAUUGCCAUCUCUUAAAGUAAUAUAUCUUUCCAACAAUCGGCUUUUUGGUUCCAUUAGUAACUCUGUAAAUAGUUCUUAUGUACUAGAAGUUCUUGAUUUGAGCGUGAAUGAUCUCCAAGGCCCAAUACCUCGGUUUUUCUUUGAACUGAAGAAUCUUUCAAGUCUCUCUCUUUCUUCAAACAACUUCAACGGCUCGAUUGAGUUAACCGAUUUCGAAAAGAUGAGUAAUCUUGUGAAUUUGGAUCUUUCUUACAACAAUUUAUCCGUACAUGUUGACGAAAAAGUACACAUGUCCACAUUGUACCCUCGUUUAGGAACUCUAAUGUUGGCAUCUUGCAAUUUGGAAAAACUUCCUCUUUUGAUGAACCAAUCAUCAUUGAUGAUGAUAGAUUUUUCGAACAAUCAGUUAAAUGGUGAGAUCCCCAAUUGGAUAUGGGAGGUCGGUGAUGGAUUUCUCCGCUUCUUGAAUCUUUCUCAUAAUCAAUUUACUAACCUUCAAGAACCGUAUGAUUUACGAAGUUUACAUUAUCUCGAUUUGCAUUCCAAUUUGCUCACUGGACAUAUUCCGAUUCCACCACCAUUAGCCGUCUUGGUCGAUUUUUCCAGCAAUAAUUUUUCAUCUCCUCUCCCUACCGACAUUGGUAAUUUCCUCAUGCCCUCGCUUUUCUUCUCUGUAGCAAAUAAUAAAAUUGGCGGCGAAAUUCCACUGUCACUCUGCAAUGCAAGCCGUCUACACAUUCUCGACAUGUCAAAUAAUAGACUGCACGGCCAAAUUCCUUCUUGUUUGUUGCGAAUUGCUGAAAUUAAUGUGUUGAAUUUGGGAAGAAACAAUCUUGGUGGAGAGAUACCCGAUGACUUUCCAGUUGGUUGUGUAUUAGAGACUCUCGAUCUCGGUUUUAAUGUUCUGCAAGGAAAAAUUCCUCGAACUCUGAAUAGAUGCUCGAAUAUUGAGGUCUUAAACCUCGGAAAUAAUGUCUUGAAUGAUACUUUUCCUUGCUGGCUAAAGAACAUGUCCAAACUACGCGUAAUCGUUUUACGUUUUAAUAAUCUGCAUGGCAAUAUUAGCUGUUUGGGGGAAAACAUUACAUGGCAUAAUCUCCAAAUCAUCGACAUUGCUUCUAACGAAUUUAACGGCAACUUGCCUGCAAAUUUCUACCCAAGAAACAAGGAAGAAGGCCCCACUCAGCAACUCGAUCACCUGCAUUUUGUUUUUCUUACAGCAAGUGGGAUUUACUAUCAAGAUUCAAUAAUGGUGACCUUCAAAGGACAAGAACUCGAAAUGGAGAAAAUCCUAACAGUCUUCACCUCGAUCGACUUCUCGAACAACCAUUUUCAAGGUGCAAUACCAGAAUCAAUCGGGCGACUCGGUUCUCUUUAUGUCCUGAACUUCUCGCGAAAUGCCUUGUCGGGUCAAAUCCCAAAAUCGAUAGGAAAUAUUCAAAAGCUCGAAUCUUUGGAUUUCUCGUUCAACGAGCUGAUGGGGGAAAUCCCGAUCGAGCUAGCGAGCCUUAAUUUCCUUUCGUUCUUGAAUUUGUCUUAUAACCAUCUUGUCGGGAGGAUACCGAGAGGUCGCCAGAUGGACACGUUUACCGAGAGCUCGUUUAUCGGAAAUGAAGGGCUUUGCGGGUUUCCUUUGAACAAAACUUGCAGUGAUGAUGUUAUUAGAGAAGACGAAGUUGAUGAAGAGGAGAUGAGUUUGGACAUUGGGGUUUAUGUAAGUGUUUUGUUGGGAUUUUUUGUGGGUUUAGGAUUUGUGUUUUGGCCACUUGUGUUUUGUGAGAGAUGGAGAAUGUGUUAUAACAGGCAUGUCAAUAGAUUUGUGUUGAUGGUUUUGCGUCGCAAAGAUGAGUACUGA